AUGGCUGCUGCAUAUGACUUACAGCCAUCGAACAGCCAGACUGUGGGCGCAGUUGCUCAACAGCCGCCAAACCAAGAUGCUGUGCUAUGGGCGAGACUGAACGAGCUCCUCCAAAGGUCGGAAGACGACAAGGUAGAUAUCGUGAGGCUGGAAAGCCAGGCUCAAGGCUUGGACGCUGGAGACAACGAGCGACCACGGACCGCACGCGCUCAUACUGGCCAGGCUAGAGAUAGAACAGACGGUACGACCGCAGGCGCAAUCAGCGGUGGAGGGUUGCUCAACUUCAAGAAAAGCUGGCUGUAUGCCAACUCCCGCUUACCGCCGGGCAUGCUACCGUUCAAAGCGUAUCUUUCGACGUGGGCACUCAUCAGCCGCGCAGCGAAAGCGUCUUUAGAUGUGUACGAACGACCGGGUCGCAUGCAGAUGGAUGGAUACUUCAAUGCAGACCCGCGCAACGAUACAAAGGCUCAUUCAUUCAGAGUGCAGGAAGUCGACGAUAGGAAGCUGCUCGUCUGUGCAAUUCGUGGUAGUACAUUCAACCUGUUCGACUGGAAGAGGAAUUUCGGCUUCGCGCCCAAGGAACCCACCGGCUUUCUGGACGAUGAGGGCAAUGGAUGCCACGAAGGCUACCUCCGGAUUGCGAGAUCAAUGAUCAAGAUUGUUGCAAAGCAGCUUCGGCAGCUCAUCGAGCAAGAUCCGUCAUGGGACUCGAGCUAUCUCCUCUUCACCGGCCACUCAGCUGGAGGAGCUGUAGCCAGUCUGCUCUACAUGCAUAUGUUAUCCAAGACCAUCUCGUCCGACCUGACUGAGUUGGCUGGUUUGUUCAAGCGCAUUCAUUGUAUCACGUUCGGAGUGCCGCCGCUCACGUUGUUGCCAUUGCAAACUCCUAGCGGUAAGGGCAGGAACAAAAACAUCUUCCUGUCAUUCGCCAGUGAAGGUGACCUUAUCGUCCGCGUUGACUGGGAGUACAUCAAGUCGCUGGCCAAGCUGAUCGCGGCGCCGGCACCCCGGCUUGAGCAAUCCGGUGGUCGGCAACAAGGCUGCCGUCAGAAAAAGACACAAGAUCAAACCGCACCGCACCCGCCAAAGUGGCCUGUGCCGCCGAGUUCAUUAUCGACAGCAGGCCGAUUGGUUCUGUUGCGAGAAGCGCCAAUCCUCAAUCCUUCUUCAAAACAAACUGGCAAUCAGAGGCCUAAGCUUGAAGCGGUCCAGCUAACUGACGAUCAGCUCCGUGGCACCAUAUUUGGUGACCCUGCGAUGCAUCCAAUGACACUGUACAAGCGGCGUAUCGACGAGCUCAUGAUCGCUGCUGUUACCGGAGCCGAAGUUGGGUGA